CCCAAAGUGCUGGGAUGACAGGCGUGAGCCACCGCGCCCGGCCGGGACAUGGCUUUUGAACGGAAGGCACAGCUUUGGCCUGGCCUCUGUUUCCCUGUGCAUAACACAAGGGUAAUUGUAUGUGCAGCGCUGUGCUGUGGUGGAAAGAACAGAUGUGAGAGCUUCACGUGGGCUGGUGUGUGGACUCAUAGCGACGGGAGCUGUUUUGUUAUGACGGGUUGGUAAUGCUGAUUCCCAGAUUCCAGACUUGACCCGGAAACUGUGUGGCUGUGGAGUGAAAGGGGGAAGGGAAGCCACAGGUGGCUUCCAGGUUGUCAGCCUCAGGGUGAUAAAGUUUGGGACAAGGGAGAGAUGGAGACGCCAUCUGACCACCUUGCCUGUUCUGCUUACAGACUCAUGGAGAGAUUUCUCAUGGAUAGCUUUCAGCCACAGCAGCUGUCCACGUACGCCCUGACCCUGUACAAGCACACAGCCAUGGUAGAUGGCAAGACCAUCCUUGUGGACUUUUGGGACACGGCAGGCCAGGAGCGGUUCCAGAGCAUGCGUGCCUCCUACUACCACAAGGCCCACGCCUGCAUCAUGGUACGAGACGGGGGGAGGUGGAUAAAGGCACUGGGCAAGUCUGGCCUGAGG